ACUAUACCCCGUCUCCCCGGACCCCGCAUCCACUAUACCCCGUCUCCCCGGACCCCGCAUCCACUAUACCCCGUCUCCCCGGACCCCGCAUCCACUAUACCCGUCUCCCCGGACCCCGCAUCCACUAUACCCCGUCUCCCCGGACCCCGCAUCCACUAUACCCCGUCUCCCCCCACCCCGCAAUUCACUAUACCCCGUCUCCCCGGACCCCGCAAUUCACUAUAUCCCGUCUCCCCGGACCCCGCAUUCACUAUAUCCCUCUCCCCGGACCCCGCAUCCACUAUAUCAGUCUCCCUGGACCCCGCAUCCACUAUAUCAGUCUCCCUGGACCCCGCAUCCACUAUAUCAGUCUCCCCGGACCCCGCACUCACUAUAUCUGGUCUCCCCGGACCCCGCACUCACUAUAUCUGGUCUCCC